AUGGGAUUCCUGAUGCGUUUUCCGGUGGAUGGCAAAAAGACCUUCGAGAAAAAGCUUGUGGACACAGAAUGUGCGUCCAGUGAGGAGUCCGACGGCCGACCUAAAGUGCCUCAGGUUGUUGCUGACCGCUUCGAUGUUUCGCGCAAGCUGGGCAGCGGCUCGUACAGUGUGGUGCGCUUGGCCUGGGACCGUGUGGCUCAUUGCCAUGUGGCCUUGAAGUUCGAAUGGACAAAAGCAGAGAAGACGGACAAGCUCCUCAAAGAGGCUGAGCUUUGUCAGGUCUUUGGUUUGGAGAAUCCGCCCACCACCACGGUGCAUUGGUGCGGAAGCCAGGAUGAGUAUAACAUCAUGGCCAUGGGCUUGCUGGGCCCAUCGUUGGAGGAUUUGUUCAUGAAAACAUGCAGAAGGAAGUUUAGCUUGAAGACGGUGCUCAUGCUUGGUGAGCAGAUGAUUAACUGCAUAGAGUUUGUCCACUCUUUCAAAAUCAUACAUCGAGACAUCAAGCCAAGCAAUUUCGUUGUUGGGGACAAGCGAUCUGACAAGGUUUACAUCGUCGACUUCGGAUUGGCAAAACGCUAUCGGGAUCCGGAAACUGGCAAGCACAUAGCCUUUGUCAAGAAGAGCGGCAUGACCGGAACGGCGCGGUACACAACAAUCAAUCUGCAUGAGGGCUGCGAGCCGAGCAGACGGGAUGAUUUGGGGUCCAUUGGCUACGUGCUGUUGUAUUUCCUGCGGGGACAACUUCCCUGGCAAGGAAUAAACCAUCGAGACAAGAAGAAGCGCAAAAAGCGCAUCGGAAAACGCAAGGCGGCAACAUCACACCAGGACCUGUGCGAAGGCUUUCCAAAAGAAUUCGUACAGUACUUCGAGUACUGUGACUCAUUAGGCUUCAAGGAUAGGCCUGACUACGAGCACCUCCGCAGCUUGUUCCGCAAGGCAGCUUCUCGGCACCAGUUGGACUUCGACUGGCAGUUUGAUUGGCUAGCUUCGCGCCACAAACGCAAGCGGGCAUGCACAUCAUCA